AUGGAUUUAGUUAUAGAUUGCCAUCAAUUGAACAAUGAAUUUGAGCCGGUAGAUAUAUUAGGUGCCGGUACAUUUGGACAGGUAAUUAAAGCUAGAUAUUUGCCUGAUAAACAAUUUUAUGCAAUUAAAGCCAUACAUUUGGCUGCUAACCAGGAUCCUAAAUACACGAACCGUGAACUAGAGGUCCUGCAUAAAGUUAGCAGUGUGUACCUGGUCAAAUAUUAUUGUUCAUGGUCGGAAUUAUUACCCGACAAUAGUCGGGUAACAUUCAUCCAAAUGGAGUUAUGUUGGUUUACCCUGAAGGACGGGGUCGACAAAAUGCGCCAAUACUUUCGGAGACAACCCACGGAAAUGUGGCCACCGCUGGGCUACUAUAUGGCUGUCCAAUUGUUCCGGGAACUGCUGACGGGUAUUAACUAUUUGCAUACCCGACAGCCGCCGAUUAUACAUCGGGAUAUUAAGCCGACAAACAUACUGAUCCGCGGGUCGGGCUGUUUGCCCGAUAGGCCGACAUUUGUUAAGAUAGCCGACUUUGGACUGGCUAUUGAACAUCAUUAUAGGCAACAAUCGCAUACCAGACAUGUGGGCACCGAUCGGUAUAUGGCACCCGAAGUCAAUCAUGUGACCAAAUAUACCAUUACAGCCGAUAUCUACUUUGGCGAUAUUAUCGACUAUGUAGAUAAUGAUACCAGUUUUUUUCCAUUGUGUUUGGAUAAUACUAUCGAUAAAUUAGACAAUAGUGCUGAUGAAUACGAUGACAUAAAAUUGAUUGAUCAAAUGUGGACAGCAAUUGUAUAUUUGCAAUUAAGACACAUUUGUCAUCCAAUCGACAUAAAACUAGUGCCCAAUCGGUAA